AAACACUGGUUUAAAGGCAGAGGCGGGAGGAAGCUCAGCUGAGAGAGGACAGGGACCACCGACCCCUGCGGGCUGGAUGACAGCUCUUAAAGAAGGAGGAGCUGCAAAAUGAUAGAGAACCCCACAAACAAGACCACAGAUCUCAGAGGCAUGAGAAUCAGGCUUUCUCAGCAGAGAAGAACAUGACCUCAGCUCACUGGGAAAGAAGGGGGAGCAGCAGAUUUACCAGAGGACCCCAGACUGAAUCUUGGUUCUGUACCUCAACUACCUACAUGACCUUGAGUAUGUGAUUUCCCUUCUCUGAGUUUCUUCAUCUGUAAAAAUGAGGAAUUUGUAGUUAAUAGUCACCACGUUCCCUUGCAACUCCAAAUCUAAGCUGGUGCCCAAGAGAUGACCUGGAAGUAGCCUGGAGCAAAAGUACGUGGAUUACUCUGGUCUGGUGUGUCAGGGAAUAUGAGACAGAAAGAACCACCUGUGCUGGUCCAGUGGGCUUGGUCAAGGAUGCACCAUCUUCUGAAGGGAGCCCAGUUUCCGUGAGUGAAAGAAGAAGCAGAGGAGAGUCGAGAAGAAGAAAUCCAGGAUGAGAAGAGGCUUGGCCUCGGCUGAACCAGUGGCUUUGAAAAAAGAGCGAGGGUCACCAUGGGGCGGUGGUUCCGGGCAGCAGAGGGCCCUCUUGGGUCAGAGCCCGAAGGCCUUUGAGAGGAGGAGAGGAGGAGCUGCCCCCUCGCCAGAACCGAUGACCCGAGGUUCUGCUCCCGCCCUAUACCUGCCCAUCGAGUUGCACAAGAUGGGCUCCUUCCGAAGGCCAAGGCCCCGCUUCAUGAGCUCCCCGGUGCUGAGUGACCUGCCCCGCUUCCAGGCCGCCCGCCAGGCCGUGCAUCUCAGUUCCAAUUCUGCCUGGAACAGCGUCCAGACUGCGGUCAUCAAUGUGUUCAAAGGAGGAAGCCUGCAAAACAAUGAGCUAUUCCUGCUGAAUGAAAACAUCAGGCGCCUGCUGAAGAGUGAGCUUGGAUCUUUCAUUACAGACUAUUUCCAGAACCAGCUGCUUGCUAAAGGACUCCUGUUUGUGGAAGAGAAGGUUCACCUGUGUGAAGGUGAAAAUCGAAUUGACCUUCUGGGUGAAGUAUGGGAUCACUUCUUCACUGAGACCCUCCCCACCCUGCAGGCGAUAUUUUACCCUGUUCAGGGGCAGGAGCUGACUAUCCGCCAGAUUGCCCUGCUAGGUUUUCGGGACCUCGUUCUCCUCAGAGUAAAGCUGGAGGAGAUGCUUCCUGCGGGACAGGCCAAAGUCCCAUCAUCCAUCGUCCAGAUGCUGCUCAUUCUCCAGAGUGUCCAUGAGCCCACAGGCCCCAGUGAAGGCUACCUGCAGCUGGAGGAGUUGGUGAAACGGGUUGUCUCUCCCUUCCUUGGCACCAGCAGCGGGGACCGAGUCUUCUCAAGUGCUGCUUGUGCGCUCGCACGCCGGCAUUCUCGAGCCCGCCCCAAGGUGACGGGCCUGAACUACUCGCAGACAGCAGUGACCCCCCGACCUCUCCACGAAAUGGCCUUGACCCCCCUGACGGAACAAGAGGGGGAGGCAUACCUAGAAAAGUGUGGCAGCAUCCGCCGCCAUACCGUGGCCAAUGCCCACUCAGACAUCCAGCUGCUUGCCAUGGCCACCAUGAUGCACUCUGGCAUGGGGGAAGAGUCCGACGGCAGCGAGAAAUGCCUGCUCCUCCCACCCAGCUUCCCUCCCCACCGGCAGUGCUCCAGCGAGCCCAACAUCGUAGACAGCCCCGAGGAAAUAGAGGAAGGGGUGGCAGACGUUCAGGAGCAUGGGGAGCUCAGCUGUACAUCUCUCAGCUGAGCUGCUUGCCUUGGUAAGGCAGGUAACCCCAGAAGAAAGAGAACCCCCAGGCAAGAAUUUCUCUGUGGCCAGAGAUUACCCCAGAAAAUCAGAAAGUUUGUCCUUCCAUCUAAGGAACACUUCAUUUCACUGUUUGGGGAAGUUUCAGAAGCAAGCCGGGUUUAAUUCUGUCUUCAAGGUCACAUCCAAAUGUCAGGAUGUUCGUUUCCCUUCGGUGAUACUGCCUCCACAUCCCUCUGUGAACCUCGUCCUCUCUCUUUGGACCAGAUAUUGUCUGACAUCUUGAAGACCCGGUUCAGUAGCACCCCUGUCCUGAGUCUCUGGAUUCGAAACCUGUGGUCCAGGCAGCCUCUUCUAAUGAUCCCUAAGGCAGGUCCCUUCAACAGUGAAUUCUCUUGUGCUGCAAGGGGUAUUUAUUCUUCAAUAUGUGUGGCAUUAUUCUAGCAGGGAGUGGUUGACUGGACCUUGGUCACUCGUCUGACAGUACCAACAGGAACAUUUUCCUUGGAGUGUCUUUCUUGUUGCUUUUGAGGCAGAGGAUUAUGGGGAACGCAAAGGAGGAGGAAGACAGAGUUAACUUACCUCCUUCCAUGUUGGGAAAGUGAAAGAUGAGAAACCUCUUAAUUCCUAAGAUUCCAAAUGAAUGAUGGCAUCUUAGGAAUGCUUUGAAUUCAGAGCAUCUUGGUUUGUGUGUUUCAUAUGUAAAGGAAUCGUUAUCCCCAAAAGUGGGACAGGAUGGAGUGUAUGUGGGUAGCAUUUCAAAUCCAGUCAAGAAGGGUGCUGUGACUGGAACCUCUCUGUUGGACCCAGACAAUUCCUCCUUGGGGACCCUUGUCAAAUGCAAAGAACAUGCCUUUGUGUGUGUGUGUGUGUGUGUGUGUGUCCACGAGUGUGUGCGUGUGUGUCCACAAGUGUGCAUGAUGUGUGUGUC